AUGGCCUUAGUGCCGAACCAGUGCACAGGCUGCAUUGGCCAUACACUGAGAGUUGUUGCUGUCAGUGAAUCUUGGAUCUCCUUGGUGAAAGGAUCCGACAGCAACGCAAGCAAAGUCCAUGAUGAGCGAACCAACUCAAAUUCACGAAGAAAGCAGAAAAAUACUGAUAAACUGAGACAAGCUCUAAUUCCACAAGUCCCGGGGUGCGGAGUAGAUCAGGAGCGGAGCACCAGUAGCGGAGUAGCGAUGGAGGCGACCGAGACGAACAAGGAUCAGCAGUCACGGUGUUGUAGUACCAACUUUACCAUAGAACACAUCCUGCAGCACGCAGGCAGACCGCGACAAGACGCGACCACCACGGCCACGACCACGACCACUUCGCAACAACUGUACGACUGGCUAAACUGCACGCGCUACCACCCGCCCAAGCUUAAUAGGUCGAAGAAGAAGGAAGGUUGUGUACGGCGUAAGCUGGGCCGCAACCCUCGCAUCCCUUUCUCUGCAGCUCAGGUUGCAGUGUUGGAGGACAAGUUCCGCGUCAGUCCAUACCUAUCCACCUCCGACGUAGGUCACUUGUCUACUCUGCUGCGACUCUCAGACACAAGGAUAAAAAUUUGGUUCCAAAACCGGAGAGCAAGAGAGCGGCGGGACCAUGGCAAGGUGGAGAUGGUUAGCCAGACGCCCCCGAUGCGCCACUCUGUUUCUGAGGGCCCAGUCAAGUCAGCGUUUGCACCCCCAGUGCCCACCCCCACCACCCCUACAGUCCACUUCUGGGCAAAAGCAUAG